AUGUAUCAUGUAAAACCAGUAGUUGUGGACACUGAUUGUGACAUAGUUCAUACUGAUAACAUGUACAAAGCAAGUGUUGUAGAACAGCUAACUCCAACGGCAAGUGGUGGUAAUCCUCCCGAUAAGUUAGCCUGUUAUUUUACUAACAAAUCCGGUGCCAGAUCGAAACUAGGUCAAGUCUUAGACAGCGGGGCUCAGCAACAAGAGCAUAAAUCAGAAGGCUUCAACCAGACAGCGGAGGAAGAUACAUUCAAAGCCGCUGUAAAUACUGAAAGACCCAACGAGAUGAAACUCGAUAGAUACAUCAUUAGGAAGGUGGCACCUGCUUCCAAACUUGGUAAAUGCCUUCAUUCACAGCGGGAGAGUGGGAGCCCUUCUGAUCAACACUCGGGGCUUCUUCAUCGUCUUAAACAAAUGGAGCGGGUGUUGGAUAGUCUCCUCUUUCCAAUGGGUCUUGUUAAGUCUAGCUUGCACGUCUCAUCAUUACCGAAACCUACUGUUCAGCCAUCUAAGCAUGUUGAAAAACCUAACAAUGUACUGGUUUCCCUUCCCAUAUCGGAUUCGGUGUCUUCUUGCGCUUCGAGUCACAUGGAUGCAGACACGAAGUUGCUUCAUCGACUCAAAGUACUAGACAAGGAGCUGGAUAGCCUCCUCGUCCCGAUGGGUAUCACGGAACCUUGCACACAUGUCUCACCGGCAAACCUCAUAGUUAGCAAGGGUUCCGAGCCUUCGGCUCAACCAACCGACCAUGGGAAGAAGCCAAACACCGCACCGAUCUCUGUUCCUGUGAUCGGCCUCACGUCUUCCUGCGCUUCGUCUUCCAAGAGCCACACUGAUUAUGAUACAAUGUUGGUUCAUCGUCUCGAGGGAUUGGAUCGAGUGCUAGAUGGUCUUCUUGUUCCGAUGGGUCUUGUUAAAUCCACCGAGCAUGUCCCGCCUUCAAAACUCAUCGGUGGCAGAAUUCUUGAACCCUCUACUCAAUUAACUAAAUAUGUUCAGAAGCCAGCUAUCGCUCUGAUCUCUGCACCCGUGACCAAAUUGGUGUCCUCUCCUCCUCCAUCCCUCGUCGACCUCGCAAUUCACUGCGAUCCCAAAAAUCCACCUUUUGCGAUCCUCCUCUACAGCAAGUUGCAAAACUUGGGAGGUCGUAAUAUCUCGCUACAGUUUUACAAACACUCGACUCUCACGUCCAUCCCAAAACACUUGUCUCAGUUGGAGAAUUUCUUUGUCGGUCAACCACGUUCUUCCUCCGCUGAGUUAAUUCUUUCCGUGAUUUGGCGACCCUGUGCCUUAGGUUGUAUGGCCAUUUCGAAUCCUUUCACUGACCUCCCGCUCUAUGGCGAGACAGCUAUUUUAAUGUUUCUCUGUAGUCUCUCGUCCGACUUUGCAAAAACUUUUCAAAAUCUGUCCAGUAUUGACUCUGCUGUUCUUACCAAAAAUGUGGAUCUUCUCGUAGAUUGUGUCGAGAAGUUUGGGAAAACAGGGACCGAGUCCUUCUCGAUUGAAGAGAUCUCGCUUUUUGUCUUCUGUGAGGUGGCUGGAUUGUCUUCUCUAGUGCAAGGAGCCUCCAAGUCCUGGUUCAGUCGGUGUAUGUCGAACGAAUAUUUCGCCAAGACAAAAAAGAUUAUCAAUCAGUAUCACUAA